GCCAGGUUGUUGAAACCGGAGGGAAAGAAACGGGAUCGCCCAGCUCCAGAGGAAAAUCUGGACUGCUCCGAGGCUGCGUGCUCCUGAGCGCUCAGCUGCUGCCCCGAAGGGAAUGCUAUGGGAAAGAUCUUUCGUGAAAGAUUUCUGUGCUUGAUUUGUUCCUGACCUUCCAUAAAAAUGUCCAAGCAACAGCCUGCUCAGUUUACCAAUCCAGAAACCCCUGGCUAUGUUGGAUUUGCAAACCUUCCCAAUCAGGUUCACCGGAAGUCUGUGAAAAAGGGGUUUGAAUUUACUCUUAUGGUGGUUGGUGAAUCUGGGUUGGGAAAAUCUACAUUGAUAAACAGCCUCUUCUUGACAGAUCUCUACCCAGAACGGAUAAUCCCAGGAGCUGCUGAGAAGAUUGAACGCACUGUGCAGAUCGAAGCCUCAACAGUUGAAAUUGAAGAGAGAGGUGUGAAACUGCGUCUGACAGUUGUAGAUACACCAGGAUAUGGGGAUGCUAUCAAUUGUCGAGACUGUUUUAAGACCAUAAUCUCUUACAUUGAUGAGCAGUUUGAGCGAUAUCUGCAUGAUGAGAGUGGUUUGAACAGAAGGCAUAUCAUCGAUAACCGGGUUCAUUGCUGCUUCUAUUUCAUUUCACCAUUUGGUCACGGCCUUAAGCCUCUGGAUGUUGAGUUUAUGAAGGCCAUACACAAUAAAGUAAAUAUUGUACCAGUGAUUGCAAAAGCUGAUACGCUUUCUCUGAAAGAGCGAGAAAGACUAAAGAAAAGGAUUCUGGAUGAAAUAGAAGAGCAUGGCAUCAAGAUCUAUCACCUGCCAGAUGCUGAAUCAGAUGAGGAUGAAGAUUUUAAAGAACAGACCAGACUCCUGAAGGCCAGCAUUCCAUUUUGUGUAGUGGGAUCCAAUCAACUCAUUGAAGCCAAAGGUAAAAAAGUUAGAGGUCGACUCUACCCAUGGGGUGUAGUUGAAGUGGAGAAUCCAGAACAUAAUGACUUCCUGAAGCUGAGGACCAUGUUAAUCACCCAUAUGCAAGAUCUUCAGGAGGUGACCCAGGAUCUUCACUAUGAGAACUUCCGCUCUGAGAGGCUCAAACGAGGUGGCAGGAAAAUAGAAGAUGAAGAAGUAAAUAAAGACCAGAUUCUGCUUGAAAAAGAAGCUGAACUUCGUCGCAUGCAGGAGAUGAUUGCAAGAAUGCAGGCACAGAUGCAGAUGCAGAUGCAAAGUGGAGAAGGAGAUAGCAGUGCAGUUCACGGACACCAUGUAUAAAGUCUUUGAUUACUUUAUACCCUGACUUAGAGGAGACAUUCUGGAGUUGAAUUACAGCAGUGUUAAACCAGAAAGGAUGCCUUGUACUCAACAUGUGACACGGCCUUUGCUUUAGAGUUUAACAUGGAAAUGCAUGGUGGUAACUCUUGUUAUAGGUAUUUCAUAACAUGUAGUCAGUUGGUAUUUUAUAUAUUAUACACCUUUGACUUUGUUUGGUAAUCCAUAUAUUGAGCUUAUUUUCAAUUUCCCAUUGUAUUAGGGAUACAAAAUAGACAUUGGAACUUUUCUAGCCUGAUAGGGUGUUAGAUAAUAAUUUUUUUUUUAACACGGCUUAGUAGCUCCCUGCUUUUAACUUUUACAUGUAGAAAUAAACAGCUGUCAGUGUCAAUGGCAUGUAACAGUCACCUCACUAGGGAUCUCUGCAAGGUUAAUUUUAUAUUUUUUGCAGUGUUUACAGGUGUGUGUCUGACACCAUCAGCGCUUUUUCUGUCUCUGCUCAGGGCAAAUAAUAUCCUUGGCUUCUGCAAGCAUCAAAUUAAAAUUCAAGCAUGCCUUGUGUCUUAACAAAAGAAAGAAGAGGAAAUGCCUUUUCAAGAGGCAUACUGUAUUUUAUAUGACAGUCAUUAUUUCCUUCUGAUUUAAUCUUGAGGGGUAUAUAUUCUUUAUUGUUUGCCUAAAACCUCUUACUCUAUUGCAGAUAACUUUUAAGAGUUUCUUGUAGGCUAGCACAAAUCAGUCCUGCUAUUUUCUGGCAUUACUGUAACCAAAUAAACUUGAAUAAUUCUGAUACUGUUCAAUGAGGUAGACCCCAAAGAGUAGUUUGCUAUGCGUGGGUGUUCCCUAUAUCUAAAUGUAUAAGAUAUUCUAUAAUUCCUAAUAAAUAUUUUUAUACAAUUUUUAGGGCAUUGCAAACUGUUAAUUGUAGUAUAAAAUAUAUACUAGCUCCCUUCUUUUUUUUAGUGAUCUGUCCCUGACAGGAUCAAUGCAAACUGUAUUUUAAGGUCUUGCUCCAAGAUGGAGCUAGCAGUAUUACUUUGGAAGUGACUCUGGUAAGUGACACCUUUUCUUGUUUGUUUUGUGGUGUUUUUUUUUUUUAUAUUAGGCCAAGGUCACUUUCCUUAACAUUGAUAGUAAAGGAGACUGGUUUUUAGCAUGGCUGGACUUCUAGUACAUGUCAUGUUUGGUAUUGUAUUUGCAGUACAUAACAGCUGUGUUAUACAGCUACAUAGAUAAUAGCUGAUAGCAUAAGCAGUAAUACGCCAUGGUUGUUUUUUCUACUACUUCUGAUAGAGCCAGCAAUCAGAUUUCCUAAUAUGAUCUGUUACAAAACAUUAUCUGAACAGCUAAUAAAUAGAUAGAAUUGCAACUUUUUUCUCUUCUUUGACCUCAGGUGCAGCUGUGACUUUUAUAAUUUUUUUUAAUGUUUCUUUGAAACAAUUAAUAGGAUUUCUACAGCUAGUGUAUAACUCCAGUGGUGCUUCAAGUGGCUAGAUUAAAUAUAAACCUGCUAAGCAACUGAAAUUUUUACCUGUCUGAAACUACUGUUGAUGAAUUGUUUUAUAUUUGAAUCUUUCUAAAAAUGUGAUGUAAAAUCCUGCGUCGUAGCCUUUGCUAGGGAGCUCCAGUUUUCUUCUCAAAAGCAAUUACUGUAAAAGUUUUGAACAAUUCAUUUGAGCUUCUCUAACCUUGACAAAGUGAAAAUGAGAGUUUUUUUCUAUGUUGAGAUGCACAGAGAUGUUAAGUCCCAUUUUGUCAAGUAUUUAUCUAUAAAACUUAAAUGGCGCAAACAUGCACUUCCAAGUUCUUGUCGUCUUUGUUUCUACACGUUCUUUCGAAAAAACUAAUGUGGCAUUAUUGUCAGAAAACACUCCACAACACCUUAUUUAUUUCUAAAUCUUUUGAUAUCUUUUUAUGAAUCAGUUGUCAUAAAUUUACCAAAAGAACUUACUAUAACCUUAAGUCAUUGAAUACUUUGUGAAGUCCCAUGCUGUUCUACAGUUGCCACAAGUCUGGGUGGUUGUUUUUUUUUUUCUGAUAAUGCAGCAUUUGUCCACUUCUAAGCUAUUUGUCUGGCAUCUAUUAAAUGUUUUGAACACAGCAUGCUUCAGACACUGUCCUCUUUGCCAAGGAGAGCAACUGUGGGACGUUCACGUUUUCAUCUGUAAGCUUGGUGUGGUAUGGUAAGCUGUAGUAGUAUUAUGAACCCGUACUUGAAGAAAAAAUGUGAAAUCUAAAAUGUUAUGCAAAGGGGGACUAGUUGUACAUGUAACUCUGUGUAUGUUGGUUUGGUAGUUUUUUCCUGUAUUUUUUUAACAUGGGGACAAAAGUAGAUUGUCCAUGCAUUUAGUGCUAUUUGGCCACUACCUGUGGAAUUAUGUUAGGCAAUGUCUUACUCUCUGAAAUAUGUAUCUAUUAAAAUAUUUGAUCAGGAUAAAGUGUUCUGUUUGAUUCUUAGGCAAAUAAUUUUUGAUAUGCAAAUUCUAGCAGGAGAAGUAUUUGUGGGUUGGUUUGAGUUGUUGUGUUGUUUGGUUGGUUGGUGGUUGUUUGUUUGUUUUUUUAAUAGGAAAAAGCAAGUUUAUGGGACUUGCCAUUUUAACCCAAAUACUUAAGACAGCCAAUUGCUUCUUCUUCCCAAAUCUCUUCUCCUUCACUCUUCUUGUGAUGGUCUUGCAAUUAGUGGUUUCAUGGUAAGAAAUGAAAAGUGAGACUACCUUUCUCAGAUUCUGUUUCAGACAAACUCAACUACUGGUAGAAGAAAGACUUGGGUAGAAGAAAGAUUUGGAGACAAAAGGUAGAUGUUGAUUCAUGGCUUCCUGAACUGGCCACAGUUGUUUUUCUGUUACAGUAUUGUAAUGGUUUUUAUUUUAGGAGUCAAAAUACUUUUGAAUUUGCAAAGCUUUAUAGCAGGUAGCAAAAAUGACUUGCUCUUUGUACAAAAAUCUGUUCUAUUUCGGUUUAUGUACUGCCAUUAGCCAAGACUAUAAUAAAAAUACUGAAAUACA